CUUUGCGGUUGAAUAGACAACAUUUUUUAGUGAACCCUUGGGCUCAAAAUUUUGAUAUAAAAGCCUGACUGAGAUCGUUUUCAUUCAUCAGUUCUUUUCCGGAACAAUCCAGUACACUCCUACAUCUUCCAAACAUGAACAAGUUCGUUGUUUUGGUCACUUUGUUCGCUGCGGCUAUCGCUGCCGAGUUGCCAGACUAUUCGAAACCGUCAUACCCUGCCCCAGCUUAUCCAGCUGCAGCUGCAGCUUAUCCAACUCCGGCUCCAGCUGCUUACACAACCAAAGCUGCUUACCCGACACCGGCUCCUGCUUACUCGAAGGCAAGCAACGAACAACCAGCCUAUAGCAAACCUGCCGAAGAAGAUCAUCCACCGAUGCCAUUCAGCUUCGCUUACGAAGUUAAGGACGAUCCCACUUACCAGGACUUUUCGCACAAUGAGAACAGUGACGGCAAAGUCAUCUCUGGAUCUUACCGUGUAUCUCUCCCUGAUGGCCGCAUUCAAAUUGUCAGCUACAAAGCUGACGAAAAAGGAUAUGUCGCUGACGUGAAAUAUGAAGGAGAGGCCAAAUACGACGAAUACAAACCUGCUGCUGCCCCGGCUUACCCCAAAUCAGCUUCUCCAGUGGAAUCGGCCUACCCUAAGCCAGCGUAUCAAACUGAGGAUUCUUAUUCUAAGCCCAUCUACACAACUGAAAAAGCUUACCCCAAGCCAACCACCACUGAAAAGCCUGCCUACCCCAAGCCAGCGUACCCAGCUGAACCAGCCUACCCCAAGCCAGCCUACCCAGCUGAACCAGCCUACCCCAAGCCAGCCUACUCAGCUGAACCAACCUACCCCAAGCCGGCCUACCCAGCUGAACCAGCUUAUCCCAAGCCAACCACCACUGAGAAGCCAACAUAUUCCAAGCCGGUCUACCCAGCUGAGCCCGCUUACCCUAAGCCUUCUUACCCAGUCGAACCUGCCUACCCCAAGCCGGCCUACCCAGCUGAACCAGCUUCCCCUAAACCCGCAUACCCAACGGAGCCAGCUUACCCCAAGGUUUCCAACUCUAAGCCAGCUUACUCGGAGGCUGUUUACCCCAAGCCGUCCUACCCAUCGGAAUCCGCGUAUCCUAAGCCCGCCUACCCGAAGCCAGCCUAUCCAUCUGAGCCAGCUUACCCGAAGCCUACCUAUUAAACCUGAAUAUUGCUGUGUUACAUGAUUACGUAGAAAAGGAAAUUCGCCAGCCUCUAUUUCCCCGAACGCGUUUUAUAAUUUAAACAAAUGAUUUGAAAUGACAAUAAACAUAGGUCUUACGUAAAAAAA